AUGGACGCACAACAAGAGACUAGUCGUGUACUGAACCUCACACAGCUCGACCUCAUCCUCUCUUUCCUCCCUGACGCGGGCGGCGCAAAGAUCCUUCGUGAUCAAUUUGUGUCUGCCUGUCGGAUAGUAGAGGCGAAGGAGAAUGAGGCUCAAGCAUCCCAUGAGAGAGCCGAGAGCCAGUCGAACCUCCUUCGAGACCAGCUCGAGGAGCUUAAGACUGAGCGAGGAGAGUUCCAAAAGCAGAAGAGCCUAGAGACUGAGAAGCUCAAAGAUGAGCAAGCCAAGCUCAAGGCACUUGCUGAAACACUGGGCUCACAGUUCCAACACCUUUCCACAAAUGCGGGUAAAGUGACGGAAAGGGUGAACGAUUGCCAGAAGACCGUGGCAGAAAAGCUUCACAGCCUUGCGGAGGCCAUCUCACAUCGUGCCUCUGACCGAGAAGAGAAUGUCAAUCUCCUCAACAAAAGGGUGGAAGACUUACUGAACUCCACCAAACAGAACACAAAAGACUUGUCCUCGAUGAAGGGUAAGUCUGAUGAGAUGGCGACCGCAGUGGACUCUGUAAAAGAAGACCAGAAGCGGAUCGAAUCAUCCCUCAGGAAUGGUGUGACAAUGGAAGGCAUGACAGAGCAAAUUGAGCCGCUUGUCGAACUUGCCAACGCCAUCAAUAAGGUAGUUGAGGAACAGCCUACAGUGCAGUUCUUGGAUACCAAAUUUGCUGAAGUUGGACGUCUUGCUGAGCAGCUUCAACAAGCCUAUGCCAAGGUGAAUGAGCUGACCCAAGAAAACCAGACACUCAGGAACGACAAUGAGAACUUGAAUACGGAAGUAGGUCAUGCUCGUGACUUCAAAGCUCAGGCUAAGGAUGCAUUUGAUGACUUUGAGGAGCGUGUCAAGGACAAGGACUCCAAAAUAGAGGAGCUCCAAGGAGCGAGAAAUGAUUUGCACAACCAGUUGAUGGAGGCAAAUUCACAGAUCUCCCAGGGUCAAGACGCAAGUCGAGAGCUUCAGAGGGUCCAGCGUUCACUUCGAACCGCUGAGGCUGACUGUCGAGAGCUCGCUAGUGUCAAGACCAGGCUACAGCAAGCAGAGCAGUCGGAACCGAGGCUGGCGCAAAAGGUCACAGAGCUCAAGCGCAGUUUCGAGGGCGAGAAAAAGGCUCAUGACGUAUGCUCAUCCAAGCUGACAGAGGCUUUGACGAGCCUAAGAGAUGUCAAUCGCCAGAAGGAAAAGCUGGAGGAUGACAUUUUGCGGGUUCAAAACGAGCUAAAGGAGCUUCGCUCACAGCAGACCCUUGACCUUCAAAAGCAAUUGAAGGAUCAAUGGGAUGCUGUGAGCAAAGCGAUGAAGGAACAACUGUCUGAAAGGCACAGCCAUGAAGAAACUGUUCGUCAGUUGAAAGACUCGUGGUCUUCGGAGAAGGAAGCGCUGCAAGGUCAGAUAUCUGCCAAGGUUUCACUUAUUGGGAAUCUAGAGCAGGAAAUCCAGACACUGCAGUCUAGAGUCUCUACACUUGAGCCCCUCCAAAGCGAGCUUAAUACAGCGAAUGGGAACAUGAGCCGUAUGAGUUCAGAUUUGGAGGAAGCUAAGCUAAACCUACGGGACUCUGAGGCCAGAGUUACCGAGCUUGAAGAGGAGCUCGUUGUUUCUGGAACGGAGCUCGACCACCUCCAAGCUGAGAAUGGGCGCCUUAAGGGGUCUAGUGAGUCUGUGUUACAGCAGCUCCAGGGCUCCGAAGGCACUGUCAAAAGGCUUCAGCAGGAGUGCGAAAACCUCCAUGGAGAGCUCACUAGCUUGAAAGAUCAGUCGGUUGUGGUCCCUGAAGAUGUUCCUGGAGAAUUGUCCAAGCUAUACUACAGGGCGGCAGACCAGCUUUGCAAUAUCCCGAUUGUCCUUGAUACAACCGGUGAGCUCGAAAUGCAGCAACUCGCAGCAGAGCUUAUCACGUUGAUUGAUGGGUACAAGUGGAAAGAAAAUCUGCUGGAGUUUCUCCGCUCUCGUUCUGAGGGUUGGUUUUGUCUUCAGCAAGUUAUGGCCGGUGACAAUGACUUGGUCGCAAACGGCGGCAAAUGUCAGUACCACGACGAUUGCCUAUCAGUGAAGGUGGUCUUCCUCAAUGGAUCACCUACUCUCAAAUUCAUCUUUUCUGAUUAG